AUCGAUGUUUCAAUAUUGGAAGCGCUUUGACUUACAACAACUACAGAAAGAACUAGACGCCACCGCCACACAGCUUGCCAACAGACAAGAUGAGAGUGAACAGUCCCGGAAGAAACUAAUUGAUCUGAGCCGCGACUUCAAAAAGAACACACCAGAGGAUUUACGGAAACAGGUUGCACCAUUACUGAAGAGCUUCCAGGGAGAGAUCGAUGCCUUGAGUAAGAGGAGUAAAGAAGCAGAGGCCGCCUUCUUGAACGUCUACAAAAAAAUAAUUGAUGUCCCAGAUCCUCUACCUGUGCUGGAGCUGGCUCAGCAGCUGCAGCUGAAGCUCCAGAGGAUGCACGACAUUGAGACAGAGAACAGCAAACUCCGAGAGACACUGGAGGACUACAACAAAGAGUUUGCAGAAGUCAAGAACCAAGAAGUCACAAUAAAAAAUUUGAAGGAGAAAAUCCGUGAAUAUGAGCAGUCACUAAAAAAUCAAGCAGAGAAUCUGGCCCAGGAAAAACAGUUGCAACUACACAACGACUAUGCAGAAAAAGAGAGGAAAUUUCAGGAGAGCCAGGACUCCAUGUCAUCAAGGUUGGAGGAGGCAGAACAUAAGGUCCAGUCCCUGCAGACAGCACUUGAAACAACUCAGGCCGAACUCUUUGAUUUGAAGACAAAGUAUGAUGAGGAAUCCACUGCAAAGGCUGAUGAAAUUGAAAUGGUGAUGACAGACCUUGAAAGAGCAAAUCAGCGGGCCGAAGCAGCUCAGAGAGAGGCGGAGUCACUCAGAGAGCAGAUGUCCUUGAGUAACCAAUCUCAGCCUCUCAAAAGCCCAGCCAAGGCCGAUACUGACAUGGAGCAAACAACUGAGGUAGCACCACACUCAAAUCUGGAAGCAGAGCUCAGGGCCAAAGAGAGGGAGACUGCCCAGUUGGUGGAGGACGUUCAGAGACUGCAGGCCAGCCUGACCAAACUCAGAGAGACCACUGGCUCCCAGAUCACUGAGCUCGAGCAGCAGCUCAGCAGCAAGACUGCCGUUCUGAAGGAAUUGGAGGAGAAGCUACAGAACCAAGCUGAUUAUGAGGAGGUGAAGAAGGAGUUGAGUAUCCUCAAGUCUAUGGAAUUUGGCACUUCAGACUCUGCCCAGGACUCCUCCAAACCACUAGAAGUGCUGCUAUUAGAAAGAAACCGUAGUCUUCAAUCAGAGAGUGCUGCUCUGCGCAUCGCCAACACCGAACUCAGUGGGCGCUAUGCUGAGCUGCAGUUGGAGUUUUCAGCUGCCGUCAGGACCAGUGCUGAGCAGAAGGAGCUCAUUCUGAAGCUGGAGCAUGAUUUGAGCACGGUCCACACCAUGUCGUCUCUGACCCGUCCCAGCGCAGACGGCUCUGAGGUCACUGAUAUGGGCAACAUCCCGGAACCUAUCAAAGAGGCUACUGCUAUGUUUUCUGGUCCAGGUGUGAAUCCACACAAUGUUGAACUUCCACAGGGCCAGAUGGACUCUCUGCUCUCCAUUAUCUCAAGUCAGCGUGAAAGGUUUCGCUCCCGCAACCAGGAGCUUGAGGCUGAGAGCCGCUCUAUGCAGCAAACAAUGCAGGCCCUGCAAAGUGAACUGGACAGUCUGAGAGCAGACAACAUUAAACUCUAUGAGAAAAUAAAAUUCCUGCAAAGCUAUCCAGGCAAAGCUGGAGGAAGUGAUGACACAGUGAUGCGCUACUCCUCACAGUACGAGGAAAGACUGGAUCCAUUUGCCUCCUUCAGCAAGAGGGAGCGCCAGCGCCGCUACCUGAGCCUGAGCCCUUGGGAUAAAGCCACUCUGAGUCUUGGGAGAGUGAUUUUAUCCAACAAGAUGGCUCGGACCAUUGCCUUCUUCUACACCCUGUUCCUACAUUGCUUAGUGUUCUUGGUGUUGUACAAGACUGCGUGGAGUGAGAGUAUUGGGAGAGACUGCUCUGCUUUCUGUGCUAAGAAGUAUUCAGACCAUCUCCAUCGUUUUCAUGAGAAUGACCAAAACCUCUAAAUGUUCACCCAGUCUGUGAUUUAAUUGGGUACACUCUCUGAAAUUAUCCAAUUCACUCACUAGAGGGCGCUUUACAUAAAUUGAUACAAGUUGAGCUUGCUUAAUAUGGUAUUAGGUUAAUAGUGCAAUUUAUGUUAUUUUUCUGGAACAAUCAACACACAAUGACUUUCAAAAUAUAACAUGAACGGGACUAGUAUUAGGAUUAAUAGACCCUAUAAAUUUAUGAUUGUGUUAAAAUAUAAUCAGUAAUUUGGUGUAUACACUCUAGGAUGAUUUGAUAUUAUGUUGUGUUUUUCAUGAGGUGAUGGUAGUUGGGAGUAGUUUUUCAGUUUCUAUCAUAAAAUGUUGAUGAAUAUUAUAACAGUUACUGAUUUUGGAAAAUGUAUUCAUUCCUUGCUAUAAUCCAAAUAAAAAUGUAUGCAAUG